AUGGGCCAAAGGGUUUCCCGCAGCGACUUCAUAUGGACCCUCACCGAGCAGCCGCACAUGGACCGGAGGCGGGUCAUCGCCGAGAAGUACCCCGAAGUGAAGAAGCUCUUCGGUGUCGACCCGAGCUUCAAGUAUGUCGUGGCGGCCAUGGUCGCCGUGCAGAUCUUCUUCUGCUGGUUGAUACAAGAUGAGCCGUUCCUGCUCGUGCUGCUGAUGGCGUAUUUUUGCGGCGGAAUGAUCAACCACGCACUGACACUGGCCAUCCACGACAUUUCGCACAACACGGCCUUUGGGCAGGAGCGCCCGCUGACGAACCGCUUCUUCAGCAUGUUCGCCAACCUGCCAAUCGCCGUCCCCAUCGCCAUCUCGUUCAAGAAAUACCACGUCGAACACCAUCGGUACCUCGCUGAAGACGGCUUGGACACGGAUGUGCCGACUCGACUUGAAGGCCUUUUCUUUACCACCCCGGCUCGCAAGCUACUUUGGCUGUUCUUCCAGGUACCCUCUUUUCUACGCCUUCCGCCCUCUUAUCAUCUACAAAAAGGCGCCCACCGACUUGGAAAUCCUCAAUUUUGCGAUCCAGCGUUCGACCUUUUCAUCUUGUUCACGUUUGGAUGGAAGUCGUUGUUUUAUCUGCUAGGCGGUACUGUUCUAGCCUUGGGUCUACACCCCAGCGCCUUUCACUUCAUCUCCGAACAUUACUCGUUCAGCGACAAGCAGGAGACGUACAGUUACUAUGGCUGGUUCAACCUGAUCACGUUCAACGUCGGAUACCACAUGGAGCACCACGACUUCCCAUAUAUUCCCGGCCGCGAUCUGCCAAAGCUUCGCGCUCUCGCUCCUGAAUACUACGACACGCUGGAGACGCACGAUUCAUGGUGGGCGGUGCUUCACGGAUUUAUCAUGAAUCCGGCAAUCGGCCCCUACGCUAGGAUCAAGAGAAAGCCCCGCGUCGAUCAAGCCUUCUGGAGCGAAAACGUCUUUGCCGAAUACAUCGAAGCGGCGUUGUUCUACGUCGGCUACUAUGCAGUCCGCGACUACAUCUCCAAAUUCAUUUCUGUGAAUUACUACGCUAAAACCCCGGGUCCAAUCGCCAAGAAGAUCUCA